CAGGUCCCUGUACGGGUGGGCUCCUGCUUCUCCUAACAUCCAGAGCGGUCCCGGUGUUCCCCCCGGACUCCUCCGAGUAGCUCCGGGGAGGGAGAUCUCUAAGCGUUUGGAAGGCUGAACCUCCCGCCAGCUUCCCCGGGAGCGGGCGCUGGAGGAAAUCGACCCAUACUUUUGCUAGCCCCAUUUGGGCUGAAGGAGUCCUUUCCUGGGGAAGGACUGGAAAGUUAGGAACCCUGGCUCUGCCGCUUCCUCUGUGACCUUGUGCAGUCCCUCCCGCCCCGGGCCUCAGUUUCGUCCUCUCUGAAAUGGGGAGAACAGCACGGCAGUCCACAGAAUGGAGGAUCAGGGAAGAUGAAAGCCUGCCGCAAAAACUAUGUGGCAAUCAUGCCACCCCCUAUGAAGGUCCCCCGAAGGGAGGCCCUGGUGCUACAGUGUGAGUGGGGAUCCUGUACCUUGGUGGCCUCAACUGUGGAGGAGUUCUGUGAACACGUCACGCAGCACCUCCAGCAGCAUCUCCAGGGCCCUGAGGAAGAAGAUGAGGAUGAGGUGGACCCACUUGCUGAAGAGUACUCGUGUUUGUGGCAAGAAUGUGGCUUCUGUUCCCCAGACAGCUCUGCUGACCUGGUCCGUCAUGUCUAUUUCCACUGUUACCACACCAAGCUGAAACAGUGGGGACUUCAGGCUCUGCAAGGCCAGGCUGGACUCAGCCACUGUCUAUUGGACUUCCAAAGCCGAAACAUGAUCCCCGACAUUCCUGACCACUUCUUGUGCCAGUGGGAGCACUGUGAGAGCUCUUUUGAUAAUCCAGAGUGGUUUUACCGGCACGUGGAGGCCCAUAGCCUGUGUUGUGAAUACAAGGCAGCCAGCAAGGAGAACCAUGUGGUACCAUGUGGCUGGAAAGAUUGCAACUGUACCUUCAAAGGCCGUUGUAAACUGAGAGAGCAUCUUCGAAGCCACACCCAGGAGAAGGUGGUGGCUUGCCCCACCUGUGGGGGGAUGUUUGCCAAUAACACCAAGUUCUUUGACCACAUCCGGCGCCAGACAUCACUAGACCAACAACGAUUCCAGUGUUCCCAUUGCUCCAAGAGGUUUGCCACAGAGCGACUAUUGAGGGACCACAUGCGCAACCAUGUAAAUCACUACAAGUGCCCUUUGUGCGACAUGACCUGCCCACUGCCCUCCUCCCUCCGAAACCACAUUCGCUUCCGACACAGUGAAGACCGGCCCUUUAAAUGUGAUUACUGUGACUACAGUUGUAAAAACCUGAUUGACCUCCGGAAGCACCUAGACACUCAUAGCAAGGAGCCUGCCUAUCAUUGUGAGUUUGAAAGCUGCAGCUUCAGCGCCCGCUCCCACUGUUCCAUCAAGUCCCAUUACCGAAAAGUGCACCAAGGUGACUCAGAGCCAAGAUACAAGUGUCAUGUCUGCGACAAGUGCUUCACUCGAGGCAACAACCUCACUGUCCACCUUCGGAAGAAGCAUCAGUUCAAGUGGCCCUCGGGCCAUCCCCGCUUCCGGUACAAGGAGCACGAGGAUGGUUACAUGCGCUUGCAGCUGGUUCGCUAUGAGAGUGUGGAGCUGACCGAGCAGCUGCUAAGGGAACGAGAAGAGCAGGGUGGGCCGGGCCCAGGGGCAGCACUGACUGAGGGCAGCCUGCAAGGCCUUAUCCUGGAACCUGGGCCUGAGGAGCCGGGGCCUGAGGAGGAGGAAGAAGAGGAGGCAGAGGUGGAGGAAAGUGAGGGGGCAGCCCCUUCAGCUUCCACUUCUCAGCACUCUCCCAGCCCUGUCAUUCACGUGCUGAACAGGACCAAUUCCCAAGGCGAACAGGAGACAGUCUAUUAUGUCCUGGCCCCAGCUCCUGGAGUUCAGCCUGAUGCACCAGGAGAGGGAGCCCCUGACCCUGAUCCCCCUGAUGGCAUCAUGGAGAAACUGCAUAAGACGGCUGAGGAGCUGGGAAUCUUAAUUGAGUGAGGGACUGAAGGUUCCACUCCCUUCAGGGCCUGCCUGAGACAUUGUUUUCCCAUCCUGGAUUUGAGAUUGGCUCUUCUGUUUUUUUAUUUUUGCUCUCCUCUCAUACUCUCCCACUCUAGAGACAUACAGAGGGACCUUCUGAACUGCUCUUGGUAACAAAUGUGAGGGGCAGCACAAAGAGAGAGUGCAUGAGAGUGAGAGAGAGAGAGAGAGAGAGAGAGAGUGUGUGUGUGUGUGUGUGUGUAUGUGUGUGUGUGUGGUGGAGAGAGAAAUAUCUUAGUCCAAGAGCCAAACCUGAGAAGAAGGGGUCCCCUGGGAGUGGGAGGAGGAUGCUAUUCAUGGGAUACUCUGGAAAAUCGAUGUUUGGGUUACCCUAAGGACAGGCAACAUCUCUUACAAGUAUGACUGCAGAACAGUCCUUGGUUUAGCACAGCCUUUCCAGGAAGCUGGCCCAUGGACAGUGUGGUAGCAGUUCUGGAAGUCUCCCCAGGAUUUGGGUCCUUGUGGGGUGUUUGGGGGUGGAGGGGCAUCUCAGACUAAACUCCAAACCUCAAGGCUGUUGUAUUCCUUAAGGGACACCUAUUCAUCCUGAUUUCCUGGGACUUUCUAGAGACCAUAGGUCUCUCAAGGCCAUCCCCCAGUCUUGCUCUCCAAAGGCCUCUGCCAUUCCAAUUAGCCCCCAUCCCCAAGCCAAGAGGCUUUUCCCUGGUCUCUGGGUUCUCCCGCCAUCCCCAUGUAUGGAUUAUCCUCAGGUACAAGAUUGGGGGAGGCAUUGAUGAAGGGUGCUGAAUAUCGAUAUGAUCAUAUGGUGACUUUUCUUAUUGGCAAUAAACAUGUUAUGCUCUUUA